UACUUGUACAAACGAAGCAACGGAAAUAUGUCGUUACCACGAGAAUGGAGCUUGCAGGAUUCGAUUGAGCGUGAUGCUGUCGCCUGUGCGACAGCGUCGCAGGAGAUGGUCGGCACGACCGUCAUCGACGAGAAUAUGAAUCAACAGAAUCAGCUGGGCUCCCUAUUGUCGAUACACUCGGCGCCUGUCUUCGAUCUGAGCAACGGCAUGCCAUCGCCGAAGAGGCCAGCAUCGUUGGCCGUCCAGGCGACGGCAACCUCGACACCUAUUGUGCCACCUCACCUUCAGAGCCCGGAGACGAUCGAGGACGAGGACAACGAUAAUCUCCUAACGAUAUCGAGUCUCACCGCUAGGCCAUUGAUAGCAAAGUCUCGCGAGCUACGCUCGACGAAAAGUUCCGCGUCGAAGAAGAAGAAACCGAAGAGAAACGAGACGAAGAAGCCGAGGAACAUCACCUACGUUCCUUUGGACGGUGGCUACGGAUGGAUCAUCGUUUGCGGAGCAUUUUUCGUACAGUUUUGGGUGGCCGGAUUGGUGAAAUCCUACGGAGUGUUGUACGUUGAGGUGAUGGAAACGUUCAAGGACUCCUCGGCGUCGGUCGCUUCCUGGAUACCGGCUAUUUUGUCUUGUCUUUGUCUAGCGCUUGCUCCAGUGACGAGUAUGCUGUGCCAGAAAUACAGCUGUCGAGCGGUCGUCUUCGUAGGAGGAUUGUUCUGUGCUUUAGGACUGACCUUAAGUUAUUUCGCCACGAGAUUGAUACAUCUCUUUUUUACAUUUGGAAUUUUAACAGGCAUCGGUGGUGGAUUGUCAACGACACCAGGUAUCAUCCUCGUCUCCCAGUAUUUCGACAAGCAUCGCGCCCUGGCGAACGGGAUAUGCGUGUCCGGUACAGCAGCGGGUAGCUUCGUAUUUCCGCUUCUGAUCGAGACUCUGGUGAAGAAUUUCGGUUUCCACGGGACUAUCCUCCUACUGGGUGGCUGCAUGCUCCACGUGUGCGUGAGCGCUACCCUCUACCGACCGUUGGAGAACAAUUACGCACCCGAGGAUGUCGUUAUGGCGGAUAAAUUAGAAAAGGUCGAGCCAACGGCAAAGGAAUUAGAAACGGCGAAGCAACAGAAAUUAGACGUAAUAUUCGCCGACUCGACUACCAAGCAUAAUCUGUUGAACGAAUUGUUUCAUCAGAACAAUGUAGUGGCGGUGGAGCUGACCGACAGCGACGAAGAGAAGGACGUGAUGGGGGAGGCUCUAAGGCUGAAACCGAUAUCGAAGAUACGUAGCUCGAGUAUACUUCACAGCGUCGAGGAUCUGUCGACCGACUCCACGUGCGUGUACAAGGCGAGAUCGUCGUUGAGAUCGUUGAGAUCGUCGGUAACCGCCGUAUGUCCAGUUCCUCAGAACGAACCACAAGUGCCGGAGGAAAAGAAGACUGUCAUGCAAAGGAUAGCGCGAUACAUUGACCUGUCGCUAUUGAAAAAUCCUCAGUUUAUCAUGAUGUGCUUCUCCGUCAGUCUCAUGUCCACCGGAAGCCCGUACAUGCUUUAUUAUCUGCCAGCCUAUGUUCACGCGGCUGGUUACACGAAAUCGGAAGCUGGAUACUUAGUUGCCAUUUCAGCGGCGCUUGAUCUAUGCGGGAGAUUAGGACUUGGAUGGCUUUCAGACUUGCAGCUGUUCGAUCGACGGAAAGGAUACAUCGGAAGCGUCGUAGGUGCUGGUGUAGCAGUACUGGCAAUACCAAUGGCCCAUUCGUUCUAUGUACUGGCAUGCUCCGUGGGUAUGUACGGAUUAUGCCUGGGCUGUUGGUUUCUCUUGGUACCCGUCCUUCUCGCAGACCAAUACGGAACUGAUAAAAUAUCCUCUACUUACGGUCUUGUCAGGAUGUUCCAGAGUGUCGGAGCUAUUUCUAUUCCGCCUUUAGCAGGCUACCUGCGUGAUGUAACGGGAAGUUACAAUGUAUGUUUUCUCUGUAUGGGAACGUGCAUGGUCAUGGGUGGUCUACCUUUGCUCCUGGUUUUUAACGAAGUAACCAAGUCAUCGAAGAUGACCGUUAAUGCUGAGAACAGUAACUGUCAAGGAGAGACGACUGUGAAAGAAUAAGAUAUUUUGCGAAUGUGAUUGAAUGUGUAAUAGAAAACUAAUAAAUCGCAACAUUUUGUCGCUACAAUUAUUCCACUAUGAUGUAUUGCUUGGUUCAAUGUAUUCGUAACGUUUUACGAUAAAUACCUCAUUCGCGGCAGGUAAGGGUGAUUUCCAUAAAUUUUUAUAAAUGCAAGUCUCUCUCUCUCUCUCUCUCUCUCUCUAUCUCGUUUUAUUGGUAAAUAGAAUUCUUCUCAUUUACACCAUUUCAUAAUGAAGUAAAAAUAAACGAUGUAGAGCAAAAAUUGUUAUACGUAUACACCCUGUAAAGAGUUGCUUCUAAAAAAAAAAGAAAAAAGAAAGAUUGAUUUAUAGUUGUUAUUUGCCUUAUGUACCGCAUUAACAUUAUGUACAUUGUAUUUACAUGUUACAUUAUGAUUAUUUGUAGAAAACGAAGAAUUGCGGCAGGUCCUGCGACGAAAGAAACAGUCUUAGUAGGAAAUACAUAUUUUUCAUACAGAUAAAAUGUAACUGAACACAGCGAUCUUUAAUAAAAGUUAUAUUCUUUUCACUUA